AUGAGUGGCUCCUCUCACCCCGGUGCAAAUGAUGGCAGGAGUUACAACCUGAGGACGGCUUUGUUCACUGGCUUUCCUCCAUAUCCAGUGACUAAUCCUCAAGCCCCUGCAUGUAGCUCAGCUCCAGCAUCUCAUGCUGCCGAUGCACUGCUAACGCUUUCCGGAGGCCAACCAUAUGCACCCGACCAUGGAUCUUGGACGACUAUUCCCCGCCAUGCAAGGUCACCAUUGAACAGGGCAACAGCCACCGGUGGAGCUUCCAGCAGUGUUGCACACUCAGUGCCAUCGGCAGAUUCUAAUCGUUACAGUGAACUCCUCCGUCAUCACGAUACCGACUCUGACCUUGAGGGCUCUGAGUUCACGGGAUCCGACGAAGAGGAGAGUGAUGAUGAGGAUGUUUCCGGGAUAAUCAGUAAUGAUGAAGUUGCUUUCAACCUGCCCCGCAUGACGACUUCGAAGAAACACGAACGCCGCGCUGCACAGCAAGCACAAGACGUCAUCAAUCAACACUUACCUGCCCGGAAACGAAAGAGGAAGAUGAAGGAUUCCACUAGUCGGAAGAGCUCUUCAAAGUCGAAACGGGCACGCACGGACACAGCUCCUGUCGUGGAUGGACCACUCGCAUCGGUGUCGCACACACUUGCACAAACCUCAUCGUCCAUCCAUGUGUCAUCUGCACAUGAUAACCCAAAUGUUGCAUCGUCAUCCACAGUGAAUGAAGACCAAGUACGCAACUGUAAUGGAAAGCAAAGGAAGACCAAGAAACCUCCGUCACCGAUUUACAUGUUCUACCGAGAGAUCAAAGAGAACCAUAAGCUUCACUUUCCGAAUUGGAAGCCAGCUGACAAGCUAUAUAUGUGUCUGCACGGUCACAACAAAGUGCUGAGGAUUUCGGAGGGUAUGAACGGCUCAACGACUGGACUGAAGAAUCACCUGAAGGCUGCUGAUGAAAGCAUGUACAAGCUAUACCAGAUUCUUGAGAAGAAGCGUGCACUUGGGCAGAAGCCAACAGCGCAAGAGAUCUUGGUCGCACGUGCUGAAAUGCCAUUGCAGAGUCUUGGCUAUAAUGUUGACCAGCCGGACGAGGUAUCACAGGCCGCGACUGCUACCGGUGACUCCAAUCGACUCGCGGAGCCAUUUGACCAAGCAACGUGGGAGCGUCUUGUCUCAGAGUGGGUCGCAGCAUGUGACCAACCGUUUGAUGCUGUCGAAGCGCCCGAAUAUGUUCGUAUGGUGCAGUACGCAAGCCGCGUUGGUGAUCACCUCAAGGUGCCGUGUGGAGACACAAUCAAGAAGCGUAUCAUGGAGAUGGGGGAUAACGUUAUCUCAGACAUUAAAGCAAUGCUCUCGGCUGUGGAGGGGAAAUUUACCUUGGCCCUUGACUGCUGGACUUCCAGCAAUCAAUGGGCUUUCAUGUGUAUUAUCCUCACUUUUGUGACGGAAUCUUGGGACAUAGAGGAGGUCAUGAUAGACUUUCGAGAGAUCAUUGGGGAACACUCCGGUGAAAAUCUCGCCGAGGCCGUCUGGCAAACCAUAGAGCUCUACGGACUUAAAGGUCGGAUUCAAGCCGUGGUUGCUGACAAUGCAUCAAAUAACGAUACAAUGGUGGAAGCACUUGAACGUUGCUUCAAGGCUGAGAACAUCCCCUUCCACGCUUCCCACGCACAAAUGAGAUGUGUACCACACACGAUCCAUUUAGCUGCCCUAGAACUUCUACAAGCAAUUGGCGGCUUCUCGUCAACUAACAACCAUGAACAAUCUCGCGGCAAAUAUCAGGCAACUCCUGAUAACUACCAGGAAGCGCUUCAAGAGCCUCUGACAACCGAGGCGGAUAAUCUUUUGUCACAGGCAAAUGACUCCGUGAACUGCAACAAUGCGCACGCUGACGAUGAUGUACCCGGUCGUAUCCUCUCGGCACUCGAUAAGCUUCGCAAAGUUGUUCGUGUAGUGCGAUCAAGUCCACAACGGAAGCGGCAGUGGCUUGAUGAAGUCAAUUUAUCAUUGCGAAGAUUGGAAGAUGCUUUUGACAAGGCUGAAGAGGCGCUGAUGCUCAUCUUAGACGUCAGGACACGUUGGUCCUCAACACACCAAAUGCUCCGUCGUGCGCUCGAGUACAAGGAAGAAAUCUGGUUGUUCAUAGCCAAGCGAGUCGAUCUGCGUCAUCUCGAGCUAGAUGAGCUGGAGUGGGGAGCGAUCAAGCUUGUUUGUCAAUGGCUGUUGAUGUUCCGGCAGGCGACAGAACAGAUGUCAUCAUCAAAGGAGGUUACCUUGUCAUCGGUGCACACAAUCUUCCACGGGCUUCAGGAACACCUCAAGAAUGCCCUCCGCAAGUUGCCGCCUGAUUCCCCACCUCAGCUACGAGAUGGGCUUCUCAGAGCUUACAAGAAGCUCUCGGAUUAUCACAGUCACUUUGACGAGAGCCCAUAUUACAUCUGGGCAUGCCCAGUUCUCGAUCCAAGAAUUAACUAUGAGGGUCUCAAAGCCGAAGCAGCUAUGGAUGCAAACCCUCAGAGUCGCGACGAGUACCUCAAACACAUCAAAGACGCGAAGGCGGAGCUCAAGACGUACUAUCUCAACCACUAUCAUUCAUCCUCAUGUGAAAAUGGUGCAGCCGCAACGUUGUCCAGCUCCAUUGGCGGCAAGGACCAGACACCAGCAAACUUCAAUUUUUUUGCUCCUUAUGCUCCUCCAGUGGAUAGGGCACCCUCGGAAGAACUUGACGAGUACUUGAAGUUGAAGAAUCUCGGCUUUGGUAACCGUGUCUCUCACCCUUUGCGCUGGUGGAAAGAGCACCAGGAUCUCUACCCCAGUCUCUCGCGAUUGGCGCGUGAUAUUCUGACAAUCCCAGGUUCUGCUGUCGCAGUGGAGCGUGCGUUUUCAUCUGGCCGCGACACUGUCUCCUUACGGCGUGCAAGCCUCAAACCAGUGACGAUCCGGAAGCUCAUGCUUGUCAAGCACAAGUUAAUGCUUGCGAGACGACAGCUCAAGCGGGCCUUGGAAGAACAACUACUAUUCCUAUAG